AAGUAUGUCUCAAAGUGCGAAAACUUCACCUGUUGCUCGGAGGGAUGCUGCUGCACUGUAUCUGGAGGCCCUUGAGCACGUGCAGAAGCUUGUGGAGACUCAGCCACCAGAAAAAGACAAAUCGGCUUGGAGAAAAUGGGCGCGUGAACUGAUGGACUAUGAGGCUAAGACAUUGACUCCACGAGAAAAGCGCGCUCCACGCUUGACAAAGUACUCAGACGGCGUAGGUGAACGCUUUUUGGCAGCGAUGAAGGCUAUUGAGGCAACCGAGUCCCGGCUGAAGAAUGGAAGGGCUGGUCCAUCAAGCAGCGGCGAGUCGGAGCCUGACGAACCAUCUACGUCCCGUCGCUCCUCCAGGAGAAUGCUAGGAGUCAAUGCAUCGGAAACGCAGAAGAGCCGUUCUGGAGAUAACUCAAAGACAACCAUAUCUGUACCAAAUUUCUCGGAUGUUCCACGCACAAUCAAUCAUGAAGUACCAUGCGGGAGAUGUGCACGAGCUGGCUUUGCCUGUUCUGGUAAAGAAGGGCGUGCUUGUUUCAAUUGUCGUGCCCAUCGUCAACGAUGUGAUUUAAUUUCACGAUCCCUAAGUGAAAAGGAGCAGCCAGACAAAUCUGAUAAAGGAGGAGACGAACAGGAUUCGGUGUCAGCGGCGGUUAGAGUCCGGUUACCAAAGAGCGAUGGAAAGGAAAACAAGACAGCUACACUGGACGGAGAAAAGGAAGAAGGAACAGAGAGUACGGCGGAAAUGCGGGGGAUCAGACCUCGGAGGGCCGCCACUCUCCUUAACAACCGGAGGGUUGGAUCUCCCAGAACGAUUACCCAAGUUCGGGGGGAGACAUCAAGUCCAAAUUCAAUACUCCGCAAGCGUCGUGCAACAGAUGCGGACCUUUCUAUUGCGAGCUCGGCUCCUCCUGGACCGAGCCCUUCGAAAAGACCAAAGCCAGUGGACAAAAGACGGGAUGAGGAACAAUCCCGUGCGGAACCCGAGCUCGAUCGUGAGGAAGUCCGUGAUGCCUUGUUGGUCUGCGAAGCGGCGUUCCGUCAGCUGCGAAAGGCACUUCGCCUCUGAAAUUCGGCGAGGAAGUUUGAUAAAGCUCUGGAAUAUUUUCUUCUUUAUCGGUAUCGUGUAUAAUCAUUUAUGUCGGUAAAUCUACUUUGUUCCAGG